UCCAAAAUCGGAUUUGACAUUUGUUUUAUUUUAUCUUUUUAAUUUUUUGUAAGAGUUGUGUGCCGUGGAAAAUGUUGAAAUCCACCAAUGGCGGAGCUUUGAAAAGCUCGUCGAAAAAUCCAUCCACGAAUAACACGUCCAACCCUUCGUCUGUGGAUGAUUCCUUUGAACUGACACCAGCUGACAUUGUAUUCGUGGACAACUCGGCAACUCGUGGAUCGAAGUACGACCCUCUGUUCCCGGAGGUGGAAGAGUUUCUGGGGUCCACUCCUCUGCCCAGACCCUGCACGUUGGUGUGGCGUGAUGUCUCCGUGCACAUCCGGCUCAAAGGCGGCAAGUUGAAGAGAUUAGUCAAUAAUGUGAGCGGAAUUGCAAAACCAGGAACGUUAGUCGCCCUAAUGGGACCCAGUGGCGCCGGUAAAACUACUCUUAUGUCUGCUCUAGCGCAUAGAAACCCAGUAGGAACGGUGGUAGAAGGAGAGAUUGCCAUGAACGGACAGCCAAUUGGAGACUUCAUGCACCGCCAGAGUGGCUACAUGCAUCAAGAUGACCUGUUCGUCGAUAACCUCACCGUUAUAGAACAACUCACUAUUAUGGCUCGACUGCGUAUGGACCGUAGAACGACGUCGUUAGCGAGGAAGAGGCGCGUCAACCAGCUUCUAAGGCAACUGGCGCUGUAUGGAGCCCGGUACACCAGGAUUGGAGGCUUGGAUGGAAGGAAGACCCUGUCUGGCGGAGAGAGGAAGCGUCUUGCCUUUGCAACUGAGCUCCUCACAGACCCGGGUCUACUCUUCUGCGACGAGCCAACAACGGGACUAGACUCAUCAUCAGCGCAGAAACUGAUGACAUUACUACGAGCCAGUGCAGCACAGGGAAAAACCGUCAUCUGCACCAUACACCAGCCGUCAUCAGAGCUGAUGGCACUGUUCGACCGAUUGGUGCUUCUGGCUGAAGGAAGAGUGGCCUUUGCUGGUAACGCUUCCGCUGCGUUGAACUUCUUUGAGAGCCUGGGCUACCACUGCCCUCUCACCUACAACCCGACGGACUACUUCAUCAAGGUGCUAGCGCUGACGCCAGGGUCGGAGGCAGCUUCCAGGCAGGCUAUCAAGAGCAUAUGCGACCGGUUCGCCGUCAGCGACGCUGCUAAGGAGCUCGACAUGGAAAUACAUCUGGAGUUCCAUCUUAUGGAUAAUGGUGAUAAGGAAUCAAGACGGGGUAAUGGAGACGUCUUCAAGCCACCGUUUUUCUUCACGAAGAUUAUUUGGCUGGUAUACAGAUAUUUUAUAGUUAUUCUUCGGGAUUCACGGGUGCAAUUCAUAAGGAUACUGCAGAAAUUGGCUAUAGCGCUGACAGCGGGUCUCUGCUUCCUCGGGACAGCUCGACUGACUCAGGCGGGCAUCCAAGACGUUCAGGGGGCCCUCUUCAUCAUCAUCGCGGAGAACACCUUCAGUCCGAUGUACUCCGUCCUGCAUAUGUUUCCCGAGGAGUUCCCACUCUUCAACAGGGAGCUAAAAGCCGGGCUGUAUUCCACACCGAUCUAUUAUACCGCGAGGAUGUUGGCUUUGUUCCCGGGGCUGGUGAUAGAGCCGGCGCUGUUCACCCUGGUGGUGUACUGGAUCGCAGGGCUGAGGAGCACGCUCUACGCCUUUAGCUUCACCGUCUUCAUAUCCAUACUGGUGCUCAACGUGGCCAUCGCUUGUGGUUCGUUCUUUUCGUGUGCUUUCGGUUCGAUGCCAAUAGCUAUAGCUUACCUUGUGCCAUUCGAUUACUCCCUCAUGAUGACCUCCGGGCUUUUCGUCAAGUUAAGUUCGAUACCAAAAUACGUGUCAUGGAUACGGCACUUGUCGUGGCUGAUGUACUCCAACGAAGCGAUGAGCAUCAUUCAGUGGGAUGGAGUCCAGAAUAUAACCUGUGUGGCAGAAAGACCCGGCGCCCCUUGCCUGAGUACUGGCGAAGAAGUUCUCGCCCAAUACGACUUUGAAGUCGGCCAUCUUUGGAGAAACGUCAUCGCUUUAUUCGUCCUGUACCUCGCAUUCCACCUACUCGCGCUACUGGCCCUUCGAUAUAGGACUAGGAGAAAAUAAGUUAUCUGAAAUAUAACUAGAUCUUGUUAUCGUUACAGGCAUGGUGUCUAAAUGUUAACCUUGUCACUGAUGGUGUAAAUACAAUC